CGGCUGUGGUCUCGCUUCUGAUUGGAUACCCAGCGUUAGGGGGCGGGGCCAGAGGAAUGUUUAUAUAUGGAAUGGACCAGACGGUCUGGUGCAUAGUGUUGUGUGUACUUAGGAACCGAGAGAAAAGUUCACCAUGGUUAUAGUUAUCGGAAACAAGCGAGAUUUUGAUGCAGCCCUGAAAAAUGCAGGGGACAAAUUAGUGGUAGUGGACUUCACAGCCACAUGGUGCGGCCCGUGCCAAAUGAUUGGCCCCAUCUUUAAAGCUAUGUCUGAAAGUCCAGAAAAUAAGGAUGUAGUUUUUCUGAAGGUGGAUGUGGACGAAGCACAGGAUGUAUCCAGUUCAUGUGGGAUCCGAUGCAUGCCGACUUUCCAAUUCUACAAGCGAGGGGAAAAGCUGGAGGAGUUUUCUGGGGCCAACAAAGAUACGCUGGAAAAAACGAUCGCCAAACAUAGAUGAAUAACACACACACACAAUCCAAAGAAGGUUUGAGCUCCCUUGUCGGAGCCUCUACAGUAAGCCUAUAAUUCCAUAUGUAUCAUGCAAAAUAUUAUUGACAUGUAUCGGACAUUUAUUGCCAGAAAAGGCUUCUGUUACUGUUAUUUUUUUUUUAAUAUUAGAAAUUCAAUAAAACCCAAAGAAAUUACACUUGAACAGUGUAACACGCUAA